AUGACAUCUAUCACCAUUCCCACUUUGGCGGCAGUGUUGCUUGUGGUAGCUGGCAUAUACGAGUUGAUAGUCAAACCAGCCUUCCUGUCACCACUUGCUAAAAUCCCGGCUCCCCAUUGGAGUUGUCAUGUCGCCCCCUUUUGGCUCUGGUGGGCAAAGCUCACCCACAAUGAGAACGAACUGGUUCUCAAGGGCCACAUGAGACAGGGGAAGGCUCUGCGACUCUCCCCAAGCCUUUUGAGCUUGAAUUGCUUCGAGGGCGGCUUGAAACAGAUUUACCUCGGAGGCUUUCCCAAGACUGAGUUCUACUGGCGAGGUUUUGCCAACUACAAUACACACAAUAUUUUCACAUUUGAGGACAAUGCUACUCAUUCCGCCCGCAAAAGAAUUAUAUCCGGAACCUUUUCGAAAUCCUUUAUUCUGUCCGAUGCGUCGAGCCGUGCAUCCAUGAAGAAAAUCUUGUUUGGGAGAUUUCUGCCGCUUAUUAAUGCAGCGGCAGAAUCCAACACAGCGAUCGAGGUCCUUGAGUUGCUCUACUCUUAUUCAAUGGACUCAUUCGUUACUUGGCAAUUCGGAAGCUCUCUCAGCAGCAACCUCAUUGAAGACGAGAAGGAGAGACGUCUCUAUCUCGACGGAUUCUCUGCCGCAGCUCCCUAUACUUUCUGGCAGUACGAAUUUCCACGCCUCAACACUUUGUUCAAAGCCAUCGGCCUCAUCCCCAGUAAGGUGGAUAGCGGUUUCCAUGAUAUAGAGAGAUGGAAUUUAGAGAAGUGCGACCAGGCACAAAAGCUCUUAACCCAGAAUCCGGAAAACAUCUCCGACGAGGAUAAGCCCGUGGUCAUGUCUCUGGCCCUCAAGGCCAUGAGUGAUCCUCUCUCCAAGCCAGGCGACUACCCCCAGCGGCUAGAAAUUGCCAGCGAUAUGUUUGCGCACAACUCAGCCGCCCAGGAAACCAGUGGAAACACUUUAACCUUCUGUUUAUAUGAAAUCUCCAAGCGUCCAGAACUUCAAGCCAAGCUGCGUCAAGAACUACUGACACUGGAACCGCCCUUGCAUUUUCCUCCGAAGCAGACCCAAGAUCAAGAAUGGACUUUGCCUACAGCUAAGUCUGUCGAUCAACUUCCCCUCCUCGAAGCUGUUAUCAUAGAGUCUCUGCGUUUGUACCCCUCCGUUCCCGGUGGCCAGCCUCGUAGGGUACCAAAGGCUUGCUCACUGGGGGGCUACGAUAACAUUCCACCGGGUACCACGGUCCAGUGUUACGCCUAUGUCCUUCACCAAACACCCGACGUGUUUCCGGAACCCGAUCAAUGGAAACCUGAGCGCUGGAUUGAUUCAUCGUCUGAGCAACUGAGCAUAAUGCGUCGAUGGUUUUGGGCGUUCGGAAGUGGUGGCAGGAUGUGCAUCGGUAGUAACUUUGCCUACUUCUCAAUGAAAAAUGUGGUUGCCGGUAUAUAUACCAACUACACAACCACAUUGGAUGAUUACGGGAGUAUGGAGCUGGAAGAUGCUUAUCUUGCGGGGCCCAAGGGUCACAAGUUGGAGCUGAAGUUCAAAAAGCUCUGA